CUGACUUUCUAAAGAGUAGUCGUGUUUAAUCAAAAUGGGGAGAGUAAUCUGUUUCUUUCUUCUAGCUGUAUCUAUUUACUGCGUCACUGUGUCUGCAGAAGAUAUAUGCUCAUUGGAGUUGAGAUCAGGACUCUGUUUCGGUUACAUGCCAAGAUAUGGGUAUAAUGUAACAACUAAGAAAUGUGAAGAAUUUAUUUAUACAGGCUGUAAUCGAAACGAAAAUAACUUCGAAACUCUGGAGGAAUGUCAAAAGAGAUGCGAAUAAUCUAAGAAAUAGGAAAGCCUCGAAUCAAUUCCUUUUUUUUACAAUUUUAUCCUUUCAAUUUUUAAUAAAUAUUUUCAUAAUUAAACAAAUAGUAACUUCAUAUUAAAAUUACUUUUCUUAUGUGA